UAUAGCGAUUGUUUCUCUGGUACUAAUUUACAGACACUCACCCAUAAUAGUUUUAUGGGAAAGGGAUGGAAGAGCAGAUCACAGGCAUAUGUAUAUAUAGAAUGCGAAUUGGCAACCGUGAAAUAUGAAUAGGAAUAACUCAUGCGACUCGGUCAACCUACAUUCGGCUGCGAACCAUCAAUUGACGUAGGGAAGUUUUAAGGUAUGGAGACAGUCUGAAAUUCGCAUGCAUUUGGCAGGUCCCAUUAUGACAUUCAAUCAACCGUCGACGAAUGGGAUCGCUAUGUCACGAUGGAAUGAAAGCCAAAAUUAUGAAAUGGCGGACACAUUAGUAAGAACAUGGAUUGCUAAUCAACAACACACUCGCAUCUCGCAUACUUGAAUGCCUCCCAUAUGUCCCCACAACUAUAAGUAGCAAACAACCCUGAAUCAAGCCCAUAUUAAUAACAAUAACUGUUCCAACAACUCGAGCACAGAAAAAAACCCCCCGCAAGCCAAAAACCGUCAUCCCAAACACCAUCACGUGACCCACCCCCCCCAACAAUGCCCAUCAAAGCAAUCCUCUUCGACUUCAUGGGCACAUGUCUAGACUGGCACACCAGCGUCCUUUCCUCCCUCCCCCCUUCCCUCCCACCCUCCUCCGCAUCCUCCCUAGCCCUCCACUGGCGCCACCAAUACUUCUCCCUGAACCGCGCGCGCCUCUCACAAAACCUCACCAUCGCCCCCUUUGACACCGUCCUCGCCUCCGCCCUAACCAACACACUCGCCUCCCCAGCCUUCGCGCAUCUCUCCACUCACUUCGACGAGACUGCAAAAAAGAACGCCAUCCGCGCUUUCCAUGUGCAAAAGGCGUGGGACGACGUCGCGCCCGCUUUAUCAGCGUUGAAGAGCGAAGGAUACGAGAUUUUUGUGCACGCCAACGGAUCCACGCGCCUCCAGCUCAAUCUCGUUGCAUCGUCUGAUUUGUCUUUUUUUGACAUGCUGUUUUCUUCCGAGAUGCUGGGGGAGAUGAUUCCGGCGCCGGCGUCGUAUUGGAAGGUGUUGGGGUUGAUUGGGAGGGACGCGGGCGAGGUUGUCAAGGUUGCGGCGCAUGUGGAGGAUUUGAGGGGCGCGAGGGAGUGUGGGGUGAGGACUGUGUAUGUGAAGAGGUGGAGUGAUGAUGUUGGGGUUGAGGUUGGGGAUGUGAGGGGGGAGUUUGAUGCGGUUUUGGAGGGCAUGGAGGGGUUGGUUGGGGUUGUUGGGGAGUUGGAUAAGGAGGGGUGA